AAGCCGCGUUCCUGCAGGAGAAGCCAGGCUGUGUGCAGCUGCGCAGACAGACGGACAGUGGAGGAAUCACUGCAGCUGUAGAUGUGAAUUCUGCUCUGACAGAGCUCGGUCUCUAGUGUGUGUGAGCGGAGCUUCAGACAGACAAAAGGAAACAUGGAGAGCUAUGAACAGUUUUAUUUGCACACUCUGACUAAACUUCAGUCUAAAAGAAGAUACGACAAGACCUGUCUCACAUCUGGCGAGUGCAUAGACACGUCUUUUAUCAGCUUCCAAGGAACAAAAGUUCUGUCACCAGUGCUAAAUGAAAAGCAGCGUAAAGAGAUGGCUCACUACAGACAGAUAGCUACAAAGCUGAAGGCUGAUAAGCAGACUCAGUGUCAGAAAAACCUCUUAAAUGAAGUUCAGAAGAUUAUGGACAACAGAGUAAAUGCCUUUAUUUUGCCUGACUCUUCAAAGCUAUCAAACAACAACAACAGAGAAAUAUUGACCAGUAUCGACCAAGCAUUGAACAAUAAACAUGAAGUGGAAAUGGAGAGGGGCGAUGAGAGUGCGAAUGAAGGAAUGAGUCUGCAGAGCCUUCUGCGGAAGUCACGGGAAUACAUUGAGAAAGAACAAAGUUGGCGAGGGUCAAAAGAUAGCAGCAGGUCACCCACAUCUGUGCCUGCGGAGAGUCCACUGGACAAAGAUAUUGAGAACCGUAGACCUGCAAGUGAGGCUGACAGCAAUUUAUCCAGCUACAUCCAGUACCACAGUCCCCUCAGUCCAAGUCAACCCAAGACUCCAACUUUACCAAAGCCCAAACCAACAAUUGAUGCCAUGCUUGGCCUUGAGUCUUUACCUGGGUGCCCUCCACAGAGUCUGCUGAACACUGAAGCUAGUCUAAGCUCUAGGCCUCACCGUGGCCGCCCUCGCCCUGUGUCUGCCUGCAACUUUCUUUUCUCAUACUCUGGCAGUCCCAGAGAACCAGGAAUCACAGCUAAGGGGAGGUCUCCAGAGGGCACACUUCCAUGUGGCCUUGAGAGAAGACUGCUGGAGGUGGAAGGAAUAAGUGGAAGCAGACGAGCCAGUCAUUCUGGCUCCAGCCCGGUGAAUGAGAGAGGUGGUGUAACAAAUACAAUAGAUACAGGACAUGACCUCAUAGAGACUGGUUUCCGGAGGCGGUGUCACACCAUGGAUAGUAAUAUGGGUCCUCCUUAUCAGAGCCCACCUAUAGACAGAAGCCAAGAGAGAAUUCCUCGCUUUAUGGCAGGUGUUCCACAGAGGACACCCCCUCGCCGAUCGCCUCCUUCACAACUCAGUGCCACGUUCACACUGACUAGCCCCUCUAGCCCCACAUCAUCAACGCUGAGGUCCAGCCUGAACCCAGACUUCCCAAUCAUCCCUCAUCCAGCACUGGAUGAGAAAAGGACAGAUGAGUUGCAGUGGCGAGUGCAGGUGCUGGGAGAUAUGCAGAGAUGUUUGAAAGAAGAGCAGCAAGCUUUUCAUCUCAUGGCUGAACAGGGGAGAGAGAAACUGAUCAUUCAACAGGAGCCGGAGGAUAAAGAGAAAUGGCUGAGGGAUCUGGGUGGUAUGUGUGCUGUUGUGGGGGAGUUGGGUGGUGAUUGGAAGGCAGGCAGUGAGUGUUACCCCCCACUUACCACCUCAUGCCCCAUGAGCCCAGCUGAGAUCCUUCCUGGAUCACCCAGCAUAGGUUUCCACUCUCCUGUCUCUUCAGGUGCCGUAACUCCUUCUAUGCCUCCCCCAGUUUAUUUAUGGGGGCCCAACAGGGGUGUGAACAAAUCUCGGAACAGACUGAGUUUAGUUUUAACCCCACAGCUACAGAAGGCAAUGUGUCGACUCACUGCUAUAGUGCAAGGGUUUCUCACGCGUCAACUCCUGAAGACAGAAAAAGUCAAAAACCUGCGUCAGACAGUAAAGGACACACAAGAUUUUAUCUCUUCCUUUCAUAAAGAAGAACCACAGAAGAAAGGCUCUCUCACAGAGCAGGAUCUGUCACUGCAGGAACGAGUCAGGGCUCAGCUGCGGGCAGCACUGUUCGACAUUCAUGAUAUAUUUUUUGAAAUGUCUCUGGAUGAGCGUCUGGCUCUGCUGCAGCAGGAACGAGAGCUUCGCACAGAGAGGAAACUCCGAGAGAUGGAAAAAGCCAAAAGUCCCAAAGAGAAGAUUAAUUUGUCUGCUGCCACCCAGAAAGUUCUAGACCGUAAGAAGCAGAGAGUGGGCGAGUCUCCAAGUCAGACCAGAAGGAUACAGCAGAAGCCCAAAAGCCCCCUGACAAACAGGAGUUCACAGAGGAAGACUCCGGAGGACAGGGUGAAACGCUCAGACUGCCUGAAGAAACAGCAUUCUCUCGGUUAAAGGCUUAAGUCUGUAGUGCUCUACACAACUUUAAAUUCGUAGCAGAUUAUAAACAGACCCAUUCUCACUGAGUUUUAUGACAAAUAAAAAAGGCUCAUUGCACUCUUAAAGCAAGUCCUAUUUUAGCGACGUAUAGGUGAGCCUUUAACUGUGCAGCAUGGUUCAGCGUGUCAGCGUGUAUUUGUUAUCGUAACAAUGGGAACAGUAUGGCUGGAAAAGUGCAAAAGGCAAACACUGAUGCUCUUAAUUAAUCAUGAUUUGUUUUGGGCGUAACGUGCAAUAAACCCAUCAGUGUGUCUCUGGCAAAUUGCUAUUUAAACAGUGUGGCUACCUGAACCUGUCCAACAUUUCUCAUCAGAGAAAACUGAGAAACUGAACCAAUCAUGCCCCAUACAAGCACCCCUUUUACAUUGGACAGCUCGCUGCUGCCAUUAUUUUUUUAUUUAAAUUUUUAAUUCAUUUAUUUUUUUUAUUGUAUUUCAAAAUUUUCCCAUUUUCUCCACAAUUUACACGGCCAAUUACCCAACCCACUCCCUAGGACUUCCCCUAUCACUAGUAAUGCCCCACAACACCAAGACUAACACAUGCUUCCUCCGAUACCGAUUUCAAACUGCUGCUGAUGCAGAAUUGCCGAGUAGCAUAACAGCGUGCUCGGAGGAAAGCGCAGCGACUCAGUUCUGAUACAUCAGCUCACAGAUGCCCUGUGCUGCAGACAUCACCCUUUAGUGAUAUGAGGAGAGAGCGCCAUCUACCCACCCGGAAAGAGCAGGGCCAAUUGUGCUCCCUCUGAGUGCCGGCUGCUUGAUGGCAAAUCUGCAUGAGCUAGGGUUCGAACCUGCGACUCCUGCUCAUAGUGGCGGCGCUUCAGACCACUGGACCACUCGACGCCUCUCUGCCGCUGUUAUUUGCACCACCACUUGUGUUGACCGAAUACAAACAGGAAAGGAGAAACAUUUUGUUCAACCUUAAAUGGUUCUGUGGUAUUAGACAUGUACUAGUGCCCUGAACAUGGCUAAUGCAUCUUUUUUGGCUAUUGGCAGGACCAGGUCAGAUGUAGUUGCUGACCAAUGGGUAAUAAAAAUUAAACAUGUUCUACAUGCUCUGACUGGUCAGAACUGAAUCUGCCCCAUUCACACACAACCUGAUUCUCUCUAGAACUGUUGACUAUUUACCAAAAAUCUGCAGACUGGAGCCCCCUAGCACAGCAAAAAAUUACAUUGUGUAAACCUGGAUUUACUGAUGUGGAUUGGUAGUGCUGCAGCUUGUAGUCCUACUACUACACAACUCUCAGUAUUCUUUUCAAGAUGUCCUUUUAUAAACAAAUUGUGCUGCUGUAAGAAAUUCUUUAGUAUGGCUCCAAACAUGACUGGUUUAUCCCACUCUGGUGAAGUUAAUCUGUAUUGUAAUAAUUGGUCCAAACCUGGAUAUUUUUCCCAAAAUGGACAAAAUGAUUUAGCAUACAGGAAGUGCUGCAGCAGCUCACACUGUGAGAGCAGAACAUUUAAUCAACUUAAAGAGAUUUUGAUGCUGAGCAAUCAAUAACCAACAUAGACAAAGGGAAGUGGACUAGCCAUGAAUUAAACAGAAUUCAAUUAUUAUUGAGCCGUCACAGUUAGAACUGGAGUGGUAAUUUUAUACUGACUGCACCGACACUGGUCAUACACAAUUGAUAUCACAAGUGAUACUUAAAUACUUUUUUGAAGUCCUAAUGUUUCUUAUUUUAACUUGUAUAUGUAUAUUUGCAGUAUAACUAAAACAAACAAAAACAUGCUGUUUAACAUUGCAUGAAUUUGCUGUAUGUGUGCUUUAUAUAG